AUGAACAGCAAUAGUAACAAUAACAGCCAGUAUCAUCUGAUAGACAUCUUCGUCAAGAAAGUGUUAGCGCACUUAGAUGAACAGGAUCCAAACAAAUUAAUGAACUUUCUACAACUGUUCCAAUCGAGUAAGAACAUGCCACCCUCGCCAACGGUGAGCAAAGUUGUGUACAACUCGAUGCCCUUCGCGGACCCAUCGAUCUUCUUGACUAUGUGGUCGCAGCAGGUGGUACAAACGCAGCACAUCAUUUCUGCUCUAGAUUUCCACGUGAUACCCACGGGCGCAUCCAACACGAUAAUAUGCAACGUGAACUGCAAAGUGCGGUUUGAUGAGAGUGGGCGUGACAAGAUGGGCCAGGACAGUGUGAUACCGAUGGGACCCAGUGGUGCCAAGAGGAUGAACAACAAUAGACCGCUGUGGGGCUCAUACUUUGGCGUGUCCUUGCAGCUAUGUCUCGACGACCGUAUAUUCCGCAAUGACAUCAACGGUGUGAUAACGUCGUUGAACUACAAGAUAGUGUACAAGCCAGAGGACUCUCUCAUCAAGAUCAAUUGA